GUAGAGGGAGGAUAUAGGGAUUAUGGGAAUAGACCUAUGGGAAGAAUUAAAUAGAAUAGAAUAGGUGAGAUUAUUAAAGGAAUUAAUUAGAAGGUAGCAUAAUGGGAAGAGAGGAUAAUUAGAAGGUAUAAUUAUGAGAAGAGAGGAUAAUCAGAAGGUAGAAUCAUGGGAAGAGAGGAUAAUUAGAGGGUAGGAUUAUGGGAAGAGAGGAUAAUUAGAACGUAGGAUUAUGGGAAAAGGGAUAAUUAGAAGGUAAGGAUUAUGAGAAGAGAGGAUAAUUAGAGCGUAGGAUUAUGGGAAGCUAGGGGAUAAUUAGAAGUUAUGAUUAUGGGAAGAAAGGACAAUUAGAAGGUAUGAUUAUGGGAAGAGGGUGUAAAUAGAAGGUGGGAUUAUGGGAAGGAAGGAUUAUUAGAAGGUGGAAUUGUGGAAAAAAAGGAAAAUUAUAAUGUAGAAAGAUGGGAAGAAGGAUAACAAAAAUGUGAACUAGAAGAUUUGAAAAACUUUGAACAAAAUGAACUUGGUUUCCAUGGUUUUCUACAUUUUUUACAUUCCUCUCAUACUUGCAACAGAUAAGGAUGAUGACUAUGUACCUGAUUAUGAACUUGGGGGUACAGAUAUUUCUUCAGAAGAGGAGGUUAAGCUGGUCAACUCAGAUGAUAAACCAAACUUUGUGACGAAGGGAGGAUUGAUUUAUGGACAGCUUGGUUUACCUCUCAGCCUACCUUGUCAAGUCAACCAUCUGGGUGGUAGAGAUAUGAUCUGGACACGAGAAUCUAACAACUCUGCCCCUGAUCAGCUAUUUAUUGUUGAUACAAAGAUUGUAUCUGAUGAGCAGCUUGAGCUUGAACUCCUGGAGGGAGGUGAAGGAACUGUUCUUCUCUUCAACAAGCUAAUGCCUCACCAUGCUGGAAAUUAUACUUGCAG